AUGACCGACUCCAAGUAUUUCACCACCACGAAAAAAGGAGAAAUAUUUGAACUCAAAAAUGAGCUCAACUCUGAUAAAAAAGAGAAAAAGAAGGAGGCAGUCAAGAAGGUGAUUGCAAGUAUGACUGUUGGCAAAGAUGUCAGUGCUCUGUUUCCGGAUGUUGUCAAUUGUAUGCAAACCGAUAAUGUCGAACUGAAGAAGCUUGUAUACUUGUAUCUAAUGAACUAUGCAAAAUCACAACCCGAUUUAGCAAUUAUGGCGGUCAAUACAUUUGUGAAGGAUUGCGAAGAUCCUAAUCCGUUGAUUCGAGCUCUCGCAGUUAGAACCAUGGGAUGUAUUCGUGUAGAAAAAAUCACUGAAUACCUUUGUGAUCCACUACGUAGAUGUAUGAAGGAUGAGGAUCCAUAUGUGCGAAAGACCGCUGCAGUCUGUGUAGCGAAACUUCACGAUAUGAAUCCCACUUUAGUGAAAGAUCAGGGAUUCGUUGAACUUCUCAAUGAUUUACUAUCGGACGCCAAUCCGAUGGUGGUUGCCAAUGCAGUUGCUGCAUUGACUGAAAUGAAUGAACAACAAACUGUGAUUGAAGUGAACAGUCAAAUGGUCAAUAAGUUGCUGACCGCUCUAAAUGAAUGUACUGAAUGGGGACAAGUGUUCAUUUUGGAUGCUCUAGCUGGAUACACACCACGCGACGAGAGAGAAACUCAGAACAUCUGCGAACGUAUUUCCCCUCGACUUGCACAUGCUAAUGCUGCUGUUGUUCUUUCGACGGUCAAAGUCCUCAUGAAGCUCAUCGACAUGAUGCCUGCUGAUUCUGACUUCAUCACACAGCUCACAAAGAAACUCGCUCCUCCAAUGGUCACACUACUAUCUGCAGAACCUGAAAUUCAAUAUGUCGCAUUGAGAAACAUCAAUUUGAUUGUUCAAAAGCGACCUGAUAUUCUCAAACAGGAGAUGAAAGUAUUUUUCGUCAAGUAUAAUGAUCCAAUAUACGUUAAGAUGGAAAAACUAGACAUCAUGAUUCGAUUGGCUCAACAAAACAAUAUCUCUCAAGUUCUGAGCGAAUUGAAAGAAUAUGCAACAGAGGUUGAUGUCGAUUUCGUCAGAAAAUCAGUGCGUGCAAUCGGGAGAUGCGCUAUCAAAGUAGAGACAAGUAGUGAAAGAUGUGUGCAAACUCUUCUCGAACUCAUUCAAACCAAAGUGAAUUACGUUGUUCAAGAGGCUGUGGUUGUCAUUAAGGAUAUCUUCAGAAAGUAUCCAAACAGAUAUGAAAGCAUUAUUUCUGCUCUUUGCGAAAACUUGGACACGCUUGACGAACCAGAAGCCCGUGCCUCGAUGAUCUGGAUCAUUGGUGAAUAUGCCGAGCGCAUCGACAAUGCUGAUGAGCUUCUUGAAAGCUUUGUUGAAGGAUUCCAUGAUGAAAAUACUCAAGUUCAACUUCAACUCCUCACAGCUGUUGUCAAGCUCUUCUUGAAAAGACCGGGAGUUGCUCAAGCUCUCGUUCAACGCGUUCUGUCUUUGGCUACUCAAGAUAGUGACAAUCCAGAUUUGCGUGACAGAGGUUUCAUUUACUGGCGUCUUCUUUCUGCUGAUCCGGCCGCUGCGAAGAAUGUAGUACUCACUGAGAAACCUCUGAUCUCCGAGGAGACUGAUCUUCUCGAGCCAUCUCUUCUAGAACAACUUGUCUGCCAUAUUGGAACGCUUGCAUCUGUGUACCAUAAACCACCAUCUGCUUUCAUUGAUCCAGCUAAAGCUCCUCUUCGUCAAAUCAACCCAAUCCCAACUGCUAAAUUUGGAUCUAGUCUACUCGAUACUUCUUCCGCUACCAGUGCGUCUCGAAAUGGAUCAUCUGCUCCUACUGUUAUUCCAUCUCAAGAUCAAGUCAUUGCUGAUCUUCUUUCACUCGACUUAAACGCACCAGCUACCAGUGCAAACACCGGCGGUUUUGGUGGAGCUAUGACUGGAACUUCUUCGAUGGGAGGACUCGAUGACCUUCUUGGUCUAGGAGGGGAUUCAUUGCCAGCAGCCACCACAAAUGUAUCAUCAAACAACCCAUUUGAUUCACUUGCUGGACUCGGAAUGCCAAGUUCUGUUCCAGCUGCUCAACAACCCGCCUCAAUUGGAGGAUUGGCUGAAAUCUUCGGAUCUGGUAGUUUCGGUGGAUCUACAGGUGUCACUUAUCCUAAGGAAAUGUGGCUGGAUGCGUCAAGGGCAAUGGGAAUGCAAGUCGAAGGAACUUUUGUGCGAAGAAAUGGAAAAAUUUUCAUGGAAAUGACAAUCACAAACAAAGCUAUGCAAGCUAUCUCUGGAUUUGCUCUUCAAUUUAACAAAAAUUCAUUCGGAUUGAUACCGGUCGAGCAGCUCAACCCAUCCCCAUUGCUUCCUAAUCAGUCUCAAAAUUACACAAUAGCCUGUGAUACGACUGGAGCUGUUCAAGUUACAACACCUCUUACAAAUCUUCAAGUGAGUUUAUUUGUUUUUUAA